AUGGUGAAACUAAACGAAGAGUGCUCAGCAAUUCAUCAAAAUAAAUUGCCCCCAAAGCCCAAGGACCCAGGGAGUUUUUCUAUUCCUUGCACCAUAGGAGAUAUUGAGUUUGAGAAAGCUUUAUGCGAUUUAGGUGCCAGUAUAAAUCUAAUGCCAUAUUCUAUUUUUGAAAAACAUGGAUUGCAGGAACUAACACCUACUACUAUUACCCUGCAAUUAGCUGAUAGAAGCAUUAAAUAUCCUAGGGGAAUAGUAGAAGAUGUUUUAGUCAGAGUGGGCAAUUUUAUUAUUCCUACUGACUUCAUUGUGUUGGAUAUGGAGGAAGAUAGGACAAUGCCUUUGAUUUUAGGGAGACCUUUUCUUGCUACUGGUAAUGCUUUAAUUGAUGUGCAAAAGGUCUUGGAUGAGGAAGUUAAGGAG